AUGACUGUAACCUUGAUCUCUACGCCACCGGCGGUCGUAACGCCCGAACAGAUAAAUCAAUUACAACAAAAUCCCCCAGAUUCUGGAUUAAUGCCACAAAUUGCUCGUCAUAUUCAACAAAAUGUUCGUUUAUUAAUCACCCCCCCUGCGUUUGAUGCUAUGCUUGGGAAAGGAACUUUAUAUGUAACUGAAAGACAAACAUUAGAUAACAUAGGACCAUGUAUUUAUACACAAUUGGAUAUUAAUCCGAAUAGUUUAACGGGUGUUAAUCGAAGUACAGAAAAUCAGAUUGAUGCAAUCUUUGAAGCUUUAUCUGAAUGUGCCGCAUUACAUCCUGACAAAGAAUAUAUGGAAGAAGAUUCAGAUAGUGAAUUUUAUGGCAAUGGUGAUAAUAAUGAAUGGAUCACUGCCGCACCAAGUGAUGAACAAGAACUAAGUGAAGUUGGAAAUGCAUCACGGGCAUAUUUGGAUUCUAUUAUUGAUCAAUCAGGUUUGACAGAGCAACAAAGAACAUCUCCAGAUACAAAUGAACAUAAUGAAGAGAUGUUUGAGGAUGCAGAUGAAUAA